AAAUUUAUGAACUAAGAACCAUAAAAGAAAGGCCAGCUUUAGUUUAUUUUCCAGAAAAUUGUCUGCUUCGUGGUUCAUAGUGACAAACCAGUGUGCCGCUGUGUAGGAAAUAAAACAUCGCAAAGAAACAAUUUCUUUACUACUUUACUUUCAAGCAAAAUAAUCCAAAUGGCUGUCCAAAUUGACUGCAUCAAAAUUCAAUUCGAAUCAGCCUCGCACAUUCUAUAGAACAUAUUUUAUGUAAAUACGGGUUGAAAGCCGAAUGUUUUAAAAUCGUUGCGAACAUAAAAAUAUUUACUGCUUAGUUACUAUAAACCAAACGAAUGAACCCGCUUUUCAUAGCUUAAUUGGCGCUACCUGCCUUUUGGCGCUGUACAGUUGACUGCAACCGGACAACCUGACAGCAUGUUCAACUCUGUAAUCAACUCGUUCAAACUUUCAGUGUUCUAGUCGAGCUGUAGUUGCGAAUAUGGAGGAAAAUAACAAGCCGUACGAAGGACUAAAAUGCGAAAACUGUUCCUAUUGGUUUAGUAAAAUGUACUUAUUUAAACAACACUACCGCAGAUACCACAGCAAUCUUGGACAGCUGAUAGAUCUACCGCCGUUGCCAUUUUUCGAGGAGAUGGUGAUACAGAACAAUCUUCAAGAUGAGCUCCGGUUCGCUAUACUACAUCUAUCACCGAUGAAGUCUACGCUGAUGCGUAUAUUCGAAGCAGAAACCCAUGCAACGAUGCGCAUCGCUAACAUGGAUGACAUCCGGGAACAGCAACGUAGAUUAUCAGCAAAGUCCGUCGGAAUUUCGGCUACCAUACCCGUGUUGUAUGAUGUGUAUUCAGAAAUUAGCGCAGAAGGCGCUCAAAGCUUCCGUGUGGUACCGAAGCAAAAAUUGGAACCCAUUACCCACCAUGAGCAGUUUCCACCAGAAGUCUAUUUUCCACCAGAUUCAGAUCCGGGUGUUUCGACAUUAGACAACGAGAUUACUACGAUAGAUGAUAUUGUAUUAUUCAACCAUAACCUAUCAAACCCAAUGUGUGAGGCAUUGGAAGAUUUUAUGAAUGCUCUCUAACUUUACUUUUCAAUAAUGAACUUGAAGCUGGAAAAAACAUUUAAUACCAUAAUACCAUGAAAUUUUCUCAAAAUUCUGCAUCGAUUAAAGACGAUUCUAUUUGCUUGCUUCAUUACCAUGCGUAGGAGUUAAUUUGCAAACCAUCAACGAUCAACCGCUUGGCGUCAAUGCCUCUCGAAAUUGAAACCACAAAACAUUAUUCAACACUCUUCUAGAUUGCUGUUUUUGGAAAAAAAAACAUUUCACAAAAUCGCACAUACACAAAAGGUCGCAAGAAAUAUUUUUGUGUGAAUAAAGAAUGAUUGAAGAAGAAAAAAACAAUUGAGAGAGCAACAGCCCACGCUUUUGGUGUGGGAACUGAAUGG